UUGCCCAAACUCCACUUUGCUAUCAUCAGGUCUUAUGUUGGCAAAUGCGACGCCACGACUCAAUACAUCCUUCCAGACUCACUUUCAGUGCAUAAUCCCGUCGUCAAAACUACGGCCCCUGGCAGCUAUGGAAAUAGCUCCUUCUGUUGCAUCUGCCUUCAACGGGCUCUGCUCACAAUCACCGAGUUGACUGCUCUUGCCUUUCACACAACAGGCCUGGCUACAGCGCACCCAUCAAUUCCAUUUAGUAGACCUGUCAAUCGAACCGGCAAUAUUCCUUCGUUUCCCUUUGACCAGCUGCGCAGCGUCGGCUGCUUGGCCAUGGCGGAUGUCCAUGAGGCCAGCGUCGCCAUGGGAACUGACGGACGAAUGGUCUCUGAGCUGGCCGAAAACCUGCUCAACUCUGCUGUCCGCCAAUUGGCCAGACUCGGACGCCAUCUACAGAUGCACACUUCAGCCUCCAUUGGCAGGAUGCUUUAUCGGCUGCCCUUCAAAAGCCUAGAUCAGCCAGUUGUUGGUGAUGCUGCUGCUGCUGCUGAUGAUGAUGAGUAUACUGAGGAUGAAGAGCUGAAGAGGGAAGAAAGAAACCCUACCACUCUGCCGCCGGCCGGUUGUGUCCGCCAUCAAGUCUUGGCUUUGGCUGAUCUUCUUUCUGACAGACUUUAUCGUGGUCUAAUGUCAGACAGUGAUGAAGUGAGUGUCGAGGCUCAGGGGGUUAGACACCAAGUUGCCAUGGCGGCUCACCGUCUUUGUCUUCGUCUUUCUUCGCCAGAAUGCCGCAAGGCCCGGCCGGACGGCACAGAAGUGUCCAGCGGUUGCGAUAAAGAGGAAAAAGAGGAAAGUGAAGAGAGCGCUUGGGAACUAAGUGAAUAUGAGAGAGAGGAGGCGCAAGUUAAUGAUCAUAAUGUUAAUACUAAUACUAAUAUUAAUAAUAAUAAUACAGCCAGUUGGAUCGAGGCCGAGUGUGAAGACAGCCUUGUAGCCGUUCUGCUGCCGGGAUGUCUGUUGACUCGUCUGGCCGGGGCCCUGCUUUUGGAGCAAGCCAGGGCGGUGAGGGGGCCAAGUGGGUGGCCGGAUUCUGGUGUCCUGGCGACGGGUUGGCGAGUGACCGCGUCUCUUGGACCGUUGGUCAUGGUUUCAGAGGCACUGGCGAGAGUAGACUCGUGCUUCGGACGACGACACGAGGAAGGCUGUAACCAUGACUCCUCCAGUGUCUGGCCGCCGACUGCCUCUCGUCUCUUUCCCCUCCUGUCCCGGCGGGGCACUUUGCCCAACCUUGUGACCAAUAGGAAUCGGUGUUAUGGGCCGGCUUUGUGUACUUCCAGCACAGAAGCCGAUCUGUUUAGGAGGCAGACAGUGCAGACGAGUCUACCGUCUGUCCAGGUCGUCGAACUGGCCGGCUGGCUUGCUGAAGCAUGUAAGCUAAAGAGGUGUAAACAAGAAGAGGGCUUUGGCGAGUGUUGUUGGGCAAGCAGGUUCUUGAGCUAA